AUGAUCCCGGCAGCCCAGCCAGCGCCCCGAGAGUCUCCGGACCGGGCCAUGGACCUUUUGAAUGCGACAGGUGCGCAUCUUUCCGUUCUUCUCGACACAGUCGAGAAGCAACUGAAGGGUCUGAGCACCGACCUCUUGCCGGGAAAACAGAAAGACGCGCGAGAGACGCCUUCCCGCGCCGAUUCAGUUUCCCCUUCUCCCACGGGAGCGGCAACCCCCGAAGAGGACACUGCCUCUGACGCGCGUUCUUUUGCAAAAAAUCUGGCGUUUGUCAACAAGUACCACGCCACAUGCUGCUCUCUAAAUCGCCUGCUGCAUACAGAAGUCGAAAAAAUGGAUCGCCUCAGAGAGGCCGUCUGCGGAGACAGUCUCUACAACGCGGUUUUACAAGUCGAAAACCUCGAACUGUUGAAUGGAGAGAAAGCCAAGUUCAAAAAGCUCAAAGAACAAAUCUUACGAGCAGGCGAUACACUGUAA